UCGAUACAAUAUACUGACGUAAUAAUAGGGGGUGCGGUAUAAACGAAACAAGACUAUUCUUAUUUUUUAUCACGGUUCUAGUGCCUAUUCUUGUAUACGAAGUUUAAAGAGUGAGGACGCCUGACGCGUGUUUAUAGAGUAUCGAGUAUUUAUUGAAGUUGUUUUGUUAAGUAUCGAGUAUUUACUUUAGUUGUUUGCACAUUUAGUCCAAUUUAAAGAUUGUAUUGCAUUAGUAUUAUUUAUUUUAGUUGUAUUAUUAUAUUAUAGAAUUGUUUUAGAAGAAACGGUCCUCGGGCCCUGGUGUAGAACUUGAUCCGUACAAGUUUUAGAAACCUUUUUUUUUAAGUGAUACACAAGUGAUGAACAGUUGGCCGGGUAUUCACUAAAGAACAUGUUAUGAACGACCCUUUUCACCAGCCAAAAAGAGUUGACAACUGCUAAGGGGCGAACAACUGUUCAUAGAAGAGCUUAAACACAGUCAUCAGUGAGCAUCAAAUUUCUUAAAUAAUUGUUAUUCAAAAAUUCAAAAUAUUUGGCAUUCCAUUACUUCUAUCUAUAGUUGCAGUUUGUCAUCAGUCAUCACAGCUACGUAUAUAUGUUUUUUGUAGGAACACGUUGCAUACUUAGUGAUUAUUACUUCUACGGUCUUUAUUCCAAAUACUGAAACAUAGAAGGAAGAUGUUAAUAUCAACACAUUUAAAGUAAACUAUUUGUUAUUAUAUCUCUGCUUGGAUACCACUGAUCGAGUGAAAAAUUCCAACAUUCGGAUUUGGAGUUAUAAUAAAUCUUUAAAAAUUAAGGAAAUACACAUAGAUGGUCAUCAUUUGAUAUAUCUGGAAUAUGAGAUCAACAUUUCAAAGAUUUAAACUAAAACUGUCUUUAUAACAAAAACGAUAUCUUCAUAUCAAAAUAUAAGCGUCAUUUGGUGUACUCUAUCGUUAUUUUAUAUGUGCACACAUUGAUUGAUCCUUUUUCGUGAACAAAAGAAAAGAGAAAAAUACAGAAGUGAACAUCUGUCCAGAAAAGUGAAAACGACAAUGGACAGCAAUAACGACAAGUCAAAACAGCCGCCUACACCACAGUUGAUCAGCACUACGGUCGAUAUCUAUCAGCUAUGCCGUCUUUGCCUGAACACAUUGCAAGCGGACGAAGGUAAGUCUGUGUUCAACAAUCAAGUGCCGUCUUUGCCGGAGAAGAUUUACCGUGUAUUCGGUGUGCGAAUAACUGAUGCAAAAGAUUUGCCAAAUAAACUUUGCUUAAAGUGUGUGCAAAAUACAGAACUGUGUUAUGGUCACAGAGAAACAUACAAACGUCAAGAACGUGUUCUAUAUGAUCUAUUGCAAAAAACAGCUGAUGAAAAAGAAAAAUAUUCGCCCAAAUCCGAAUUCAUGUAUAGCUCAGCCGAUUCAAACAAUUCGUCGUUGUCAGGUAUUGGGUCAGAUACACAAUAUGUUGAAAACGCUAAUAAUAUUGAUAACAUUACUUCAUCACCUCCGUAUGAAACAAAUGCUUCACUCGCGUCACAUGUUGAAGUAAUUCAAGAGUGUGAUGAAAUGGCGGCUGAAGUGACAAUAGCUCAUGAUUCAGAAGAAACUGUAUCCGAAGAUGACACUAUCUGUUUAGAAAAUAAUGCAGAAUAUGGUACAUACAACAAUGAUGAAAAUAUUAUUGUAGUAAAAACUGAACCUGGCAAUGAUACUGACGUAGAAUAUAAACACGAGGAUCGAAUGGGGUUGCUAUUAUUUGCAGCCAGACACAUUCAAGAAAUGACAACUGAAGGUGAUGAUUGGCAGGCACCCGGUAUUGCUCCCAAAGCAGCAACUGUAGUUCAUGGUAAUUUAUUAUCGUCUGACCAAAACUGCACAUUUUAUCAAACACAGGGAACAGUCGGACAAUAUUCCGAUGGCCAUCAAGUACAACAACAAGUAAUGAAUAUAAAUGCAUCACCCAACAUACCCAUCAUACCAAGAAAACGCAUUUCAAGAGAAUCGUCUGUUCAAAGAAUGUGCUCUAAUUGUGGAACGACAUGUUCAACUAUAUGGCGACGAUUAAAAGAAGAUCCUGUGUGCAACGCAUGUGGUUUGUACUACAAACUUCAUGGAAAGAUCAGACCACCAGCAAUGCGACGUGAUACCAUUCAUACCAGACAGCGCAGGAAAAUUUCUAACAAGGUUAUUGACAUAAGCAUGAAUAAGAAAAAAUAUAAAAAGAGAGAAACCGCAACUAUAAAAAUAGAACCAGAAGAAGAAUGUGAAGUUGAACAAGCUGAAUCAUCCAACUCGGUGGCUGUUGAAAUGAUCAUUGAAGAACCCGUUUAUAACGAAACACCGUAUAAUCUUGCCAACAAAUAAUUGUCCCGUUUAUGUGGCAAUGUUCCCCAUAAUUGUGUAUGACUUAGUUUAUAAGCCAUAUAUUUAUGUAAUUAUCAAAUUUGUCUUUGUGUUCUUGUGCCAAAAGGUUUCUUACA